AUGGCGCUUUUUGCAAACAUAUGCCCUCUGGACGGCCGGUAUCGUGAAGCCACAGACGACAUUCGGAGAGUUUGGGGGGACAUACACCUCAUGCGACACCGAGUGUUCAUCGAGUUGAAGUGGCUGGAGUUCUACCUUGAUCAUGUGCAUUCAGAAGGCCCCAUGACGGACAAGCAACGACAGGCUCUGCAGCCACUUUAUGAAGUGACGGAGGAAGAUCUUGCGCGCAUUUCCACGUUUGAAAAGCAAACCAACCACGAUGUCAAGGCGGUGGAGUAUUACAUUAGAGAGCGCCUCUCAGCCGUCCCCUGCCUAAGUUCAUUAAAGGAAUAUGUGCAUAUUUUCUGCACAAGUGAAGAUAUCAACAACUUGGCGUAUGCACUGAUGGCUACUAAGGCGAACACGGAGGCCCUCCUUCCCUCCAUGAGGUGGCUGAUCAACGAGCUGCAGCGAAUGGCAGCCGAGCAUGCAGAAACUCCUUUGUUGGCGAGGACUCACGGACAGCCAGCGACGCCCACAACGUUUGGGAAGGAGUUUGCGGUGUAUUGCCACAGACUCAGCAAGCACAUGCAGAAGCUUGAGGCGUUAAGGCCUUGCGGGAAGUUCAACGGCGCUGUAGGCAACUUUAAUGCGCAUGUCGUGGCGUUUCCAGACAAGCACUGGCCUGAACUGGCGCAAACCUUUGUUGAGAGCUUAGGCUUGGUGUAUCAGCCGCUGAGCACGCAAAUCGAAUGCCAUGAUUGGGUAGCCGAAUAUUGCGAUGAUCUAGCGCGUUUCAACACGGUGCUCAUUGGCCUCUGUGUGGAUUGCUGGACUUACAUCUCAAGGGAGUUGCUGGUGCUCCGUCGCGCAGAGCUGGAGGUUGGCAGCAGCACAAUGCCACACAAAAUCAAUCCCAUUGAUUUCGAGAAUGCGGAGGGGAACUUGGGCUUGGCCAAUGCCAUGCUCCGAUUUUUCAGCGGAAAGCUUCCAGUGUCUCGGCUGCAGCGCGACCUUUCAGACACCACAUGCCUUCGAAGUUUAGGCUGUGCUCUGGGCUAUUCGCUUCUGGGCAUAAAAUCCUGCCUCCGAGGAUUCAAGAAAACAACAGUGUCGGCCGUGAGCGCCAGAAAGGAGCUGCAGCUCCAUUGGGAAGUCCUGGCAGAACCCGUCCAGUCCGUUAUGAGGAGGUUCGGCCAGCCCCAGGCGUACGAGCAGCUGAAGGAGCUUACACGGGGGAACACUGUCACUCCCGAGACUCUGAGGGCGUUUAUCGCGAAUGCAAAAUUACCCGAGACGGACAGGGAGAGGCUUCUAAAGCUUUCACCAGAGACGUAUACUGGCAUCGCUAGCCAUCUAGCUGGAGGGGUGCAAAGGAAAUAA